GGCCUUAGGAGGCUGGCAUUGCUGGUGGAUGACAGCUGUAAACAAGCUCCACAGAAGCUCAGGCAAUAAGGAUUAAAAGAAGAGGAGCUCAAAAUGGUGAGGAGUAAAGCCACAGCCCAUGGUGGACUGGUUCUGCUGAGUUUAUGGCUGUGUAUCCAGUCAGUGCCGAUCAGUGUGGACAAGACCAAAGAAAAGCCUCAAGAGGAGCAGCUGGAGCCUCCACAGAGCGCUGAGACUGGGCUGCACUACGACCGCUACCUCAGGGAAGUCAUUGAGUACCUGGAGAAAGACCCCCACUUCAAAGAAAAGCUCAAAAAUGCCAACAUGGAUGACAUCAAGCAAGGCAAACUUUCCAAAGAGCUGGACUUUGUCCACCACAAUUUUCGGUCAAAGCUGGACGAGCUGAAGAGGGAGGAGAUGGGCAGGCUACGGAUGCUCAUCAGGGCCAAACAUGACAUCCAGGGGGGCAAUGGCCGGACAGUGGACCACCAGUCCCUGCUGAAACAGUUUGACCAUCUCAACCACCUGAAUCCCAACACCUUCGAGGUGGAGGACCUGGACCGACUCAUCCAAUCGGCGACCAAAGACCUGGAGAACUACGACAAAGACCGCCACGACGAGUUCAAGAGGUACGAGAUGACGAAGGACCACGAGAGGAUGGAACGUCUGAAGACCAUGAAUGAGGAGGAGCGCAAGAGGGAGGAGCAGCACUACGAGGAGAUGAGAAAGAAACACGCCCAACAUCCAAAAGUUAACCACCCUGGCAGUGAAGACCAGCUGAAGGAGGUGUGGCAGGAGUCAGACGGUUUGGACCCGGAUAACUUUAAUCCUAAAACCUUCUUCAAAAUACACGACAGCAACGGAGACGGCUUCCUUGAUGAGAGCGAGCUUGAAGCUCUCUUCACUAAAGAGCUGGAGAAGGUGUACAACCCAGAAAAUGAAGAAGACGACAUGGUUGAGAUGGAGGAAGAGAGGCUGCGAAUGAGAGAGCACGUUAUGAGCGAGGUGGACACUAAUAAAGACAGACUCGUGUCACUGAGCGAGUUCAUGGCUGCCACUCAGAAGGAGGAGUUCUUGGAAAAAGACGAGUGGGAGACUCUGGAUCAGAAACCCCUUUACACUGAGGAGGAGCUGAGAGAGUAUGAAAGCCAUCUGGUCAACGAGGGGAACGACAUCAACAAGAAGUCGGCGGAGCUGCAGAGACAGAGGGAGGAGCUGGAGAGGAAACAGGAAGAACUUAAUGCUCAGAAGAUCGGGCUCCAGCAGGCGGUAGAAGAAAUCGAAAGGAUAAAAUCUGAGGUCAAAGAGCCGGGCGCUGCUGUAGCUGCAGGUGAACAUGCACCAGUCGUACCAGGAAACAGUCAACCACUGCCCGCUGGUCACCAGCAGCAGGACGUACCAGUGCCGGGACACUCUUAGCAGACCUGAGUCCUCUGUGUGAAUGACAGUGAGCCUGUGUGUGUGUGUGCCUUGUAAUUAUUCCAAUUUUUUCAAUUUUUGUUUAGGAUUUUCAAAACACCACUUGACAAAAAAAUAUGCCUAAAUAUUAAGAGCACAUAAGAAAAUUUGAUUUCAGGCUUCAGUGCCCAUUAAGCUCAAUGUGGGCUGCAUAAAUGAGAAAUGUGGAGCCGGUCCAGUGUUCUGCGUCAACAAUCAACCCUUUUGUUUUUGUCAUUUGGGUCCUUUCAUCACAGCAAGGACUCUUGUUCUCCAUGGGAAGUGUUUUUUUUUUUUUUUGGGGGGGGCUUUUGGCCUGAAAAGUGAAUGUUUUGUUUAGUGCACACUGUAGUUCAUUGUCACUGAUAUUGUCUCUUAGAGGAAAUACUUUGAAAAAUAUGUAUUUAUUACAUUAAACUGAGCUGAUUAUUUCAUAAACAUGAAUGUCAGACACUUAACUUUACGUAGUGCUGCUGGUUAAAGAAGGAAAUGGUCCUAUUUAUAAUUGUCAUGAAGUAAUAUAUGAAGAAUAUAUUUCAAAUAUAAACUAAAAGGACCAAACAUUCUGGAUCCAUAAAAUGUUGUUCUUUCUUUAAAUACUUGCAUUUCAUCAUGUUAAUUUCACAAGUGAUCAUGUACUGUAUAUGCAUGUUGGUUUAAACAUGUGCUAUCAAUCAAUAUUCAAAAUCAUAGUUGAUUUUGUUCUCGAAUAAAUCUCAACUGUUUUGUAUAAGCGCUGAGAAGUCCACACUGAAACUGUUACCCACAAUUCUCUCAAACAAUCCUUUUUUUUGUCUUAGAGAAAAGUUUCCUUUGAGCUAUCUUGUUUUUUUAGUUGUUUUUUUACAAAGUUUAUACUUUCUUAAAACGCAUAUAUCUUUAGGACCAAAUGAUUGAAUAACAUUUAGUUUACAGAUAAAAUUACAUAAUAAUAUAUUUAAAUCUUUUUUAAUGUAUUAUACUUGUGCUGGUGUUAGAGUGAAAAUUGUAGAGAUUCGACUGUCAAGUAAAUCGUAGCAGGUCGAGAUGGGAAACUUAAAAGCCAACUUAAACUUGAUAUACAUUAAUAAAACCGAUCAGAUAUAGAGUAAAUGACUCAAAGAUAGUUUAUCUUUUCUGAUAUUGAUGUACAAUUGACCGGUCGAUAUUAUGUCCCUUUCAAAGAGCGGUUAAAUCUCUCAAACACCCGACGUCCUGUGUGAGGAAUUCAUGAAACUGUUGUACAAGGUUUGAAUGUGGACAAUAAAAUGAAUGAGCUUGCA